CCUCAUGCGACGACCCACCUUUUGGUCUGCAACGUGCCCGCCCAAGCAAGAAAGACGGCGAGGAGUUCUCCACUCUCGCAUGUUCGGCAGUCGCUUCGUGCAGGGGUUUGGGGGUUUGCGUUGCGACAUCGAGAUCAUGCAUGAUGUAUGGGAUGUAUUGCUAUCUGGAGUCUGUUGUGCUGGCUGGUGUCUUGUGUCUGAUGUGAUUGGCAGCAAACCGACGGAUACGAUCUUUUAGUAGUGGAAGGCUUGCUGUAGUUUU